GCCAGCGCCGCCGCCAUGGGCUCGCACCUGCCGCCGCGCCCCGAGCCCCAGCUGGUGCUGCAGCUGGCGGCCGGGGCUCUGCAGGCGCAGAACUUGGAGGCGCCGGGCGGCGGCCUGGGGCCCGAGUGGCAGGUGCUGCUCGGGCGGGCGGACGCGCUGGCCUUCGGCGGGCGGCUGCACGAGGCGCUGCCGCUGUACCAGCUGGCGUCCCGCCACCAGCAGCUGCGCGCCGAGCAGCUGGAGAAGCUGGUGGAGUGCCUGGCGCAGAGCGUCCGGAUCAAAGAGGGACUGCCCGCCGCCGGCCAGCCCGCGGCACCCCGCGAGUGGGACGUCUUCAGGUGCCGCAAAUGCCAGGGCUUCCUUUUCGAGCCCGUUUCCUUGCCUUGCGGACACACGUUCUGCAAAAAGUGCCUGGAGAGGGACCGGGCGCCCGAGCCCCGCUGCGUCCUGUGCAAGGAGGCGGGCGGCGCGGCGGCCGGGCAGCUCCUGCGGGUCAAUGUCAUCCUCAGCAACCUGCUGACCAAGUGGUUCCCCUGCCAAGUGAAGGCUUCGCAGCUCCGGCACGAAGGGAACCUCCUCUACAAGGAGAAGAAACUCCAAGCCGCCCUGCAGAAGUACAACGAAGCGGUCAGCCUAGCUCCAAAUGACCACUUACUAUAUAGCAACCGGUCCCAGAUUAACUCCACUUUGAAAGCUUGUGAAGAUGCAUUGCACGAUGCAGAAACAGCAUGCAGGCUCCAGCCAUACUGGUUGAAAGGUCACCUAAGAAAAGGACAAGCAUUAGCUAAUCUGGGGAAAACAGAAGAAGCUUUAAGGGAGUUUCUAUUCUGCCUUGCUCUAGAUACUGGGAACAAGACAGCCAAGUCUGAGGCACAAAAGCUUCUACUUAGUUUGUUUUCACUGAUCCCGGGAAAUGCUCAGGAACACUUACCCGAUAUCCUGCAGCUGUUGUCACAUCACUCUAGAUUAAAGGGGAAUCUCCUAAAUUCAGUGGGAUCUGGAGGCACCAGCCAUAACCUACAAAGGUUGCUCAAGGUCAAUGUGGAACAGAAAAAAGGUUUUUCCAUUCAAGAGGAACCAAAUGUAACUACUUCUGGUAGUUUGAGGAAAUCUAUACAAAUUACAGAGAGCAAAAAGGACUGCUCGGAGGAGGAGAACAAAUUCACCUCCAUGCCAGAGUCUACUUUUCUCCUCUCUGAGAAAUGCAGCCUCCUGAAAAGGAAGUGCUGCUCAGAGGAGAUGCGAAAUGCUGAGGUGCCCUGCAAACUCAUGAAGAAAGACAUAGUUGAUAUUAGGGAAAAUAGUAGUGGACAACAUAUUCCAUUUGAAGUUGUGGAUCCAUCAGAUUUGGACUGCUCCCUGUGUAUGAGGCUCUUCUAUGAACCUGUCACUACACCUUGUGGACACACCUUUUGUCUCAAAUGUCUGGAGAGAUGCCUGGAUCACAACCCAAAAUGUCCCCUGUGCAAGGAAGGGCUCUCAGAGUGCUUGGCUAUGAGGAAAUACUGUAAAACAGUGCUAAUGGAGGAGCUAAUAGCCAGAUAUCUUCCUGAAGAACUCACUGAAAGGAGAAAGAUUUAUGAAGAGGAAAUAGCAGAGCUUUCCAACCUAAAUAAGAAUGUUCCCAUAUUUGUGUGCACAAUGGCUUAUCCUACAGUCCCAUGUCCUUUGCACAUCUUUGAGCCCUGCUACCGGCUGAUGAUCCGGAGGUGCAUGGAGACUGGCACCAAACAGUUUGGGAUGUGCAUCAGCGACCCUGUCAAGGGGUUUGCAGAUUAUGGCUGCAUUCUGGAGAUAAGAAAUGUUGAAUUCUUUGCUGAUGGUCGCUCUGUUGUAGACAGCAUUGGCAAGAGGAGAUUUAAGGUGAUCCAGCACAGCCAGCGUGAUGGAUAUAAUACAGCAGAUAUUGAGUACAUUGAGGAUCAAAAGGUGCAAGGACAAGAGUAUGCUGCAUUACUUAUUCUCCAUGACUCUGUCUAUGAUCAGGCCUAUACGUGGUUUAACUCCCUCAAGCAAGCACUCAAAAGUAGAAUUCUCAGUCAUUUUGGUCCAAUGCCAGCUAAGGAUCCUGACCCACAGGCAAACCCCAAUGGGCCAGCCUGGUGCUGGUGGGUCCUGGCUGUCCUCCCCCUUGAGAACAGAGCUCAGCUGCCCUUCCUGGCCAUGAAGUCGCUCAAGGACCGCCUGAGCGGCAUCAGACGCGUCCUGGCGUUCAUGUCGCGGGCCAGGGCGCGGUGAUAGUGAGGAGCAGAGCUGCGGCGGCUCCCGCAGUCCUUGACUGCCUCUUGUACCUUCAUCUAACUGCAAUAAUGUCUUACAGAUCUGAGUGUCAGGAUGUUUCAAGCCUGAAUUUCAAAGAGAAUAACUUAUAAAGAGCAGGGGAUGUUUAUGGAUACUUCAAUAGUUUCCGUUUGGAACUGAGACGAGUAUUCAAUCACUGCACUGCUAAAUUAAUAACAAAUGUGAUAGAACAAAAAGUGAUCUUGUUUGCCAUAAACCUUUUAAAAAUCUUAAGGGUUUUUUAAUUUAUUUUAUUUUUAUUUUUUAGUGGAUAAAGGAUAAACUGUGCAGUUUAAUGUGAAGCAGAAAUAAUAAGGUUAACAUGUUAUUUCAGUGAACUGCAAAGUCUUUUAUUCAAAUGGUUCAGGUUUUAUAUAGCAUUGUGUAAAAUAAUGUUCACAACUUCUGUUUGAUAAUUUAUUUUUGCACUAUGAUUUUUUUUGUUUCAAAAUGUAUAUUAUUUAUGUGUUCAUUCACUAAAGGAAAGUGAGCUGCUCUAUUUAUAGUGGUUUUACCCUGUAUUUAUGACUGGGGGCAAAAAGGAUGAUUCUUGCAGUGCAAAAGCAACUGCUUUGAUAAUUUUUCAGUUAUUUGUGUUCAAAUACUUUGAAUGUUUUUCUACUCAUCCCCAGUUCUGCUGUAGCUUAAGAACACCCCCAAAACAUCCUGCCUUGAAGUCUUUGAAUACACAGAUUGUCUGAGUUAAUUCAAGCACAGCUGUUGAAGGUUCAUCCUAUGCUUGUGGCGAGGUUUCUGAUACAACCAGCCAAGCACCUGCUUAAGCAUGAGUUUAUGUGCUUGGGUAAAUUCAAGUGCUGAUGGUUGAUAUCAGUGGUGACAGAAGGAUCUAACCCCUAAUAUUUCACAGAACAGAAUAACUUGAAGUUGAAUUUAUAUCUGAACUCUUUCUUGCAAAAAUGGACAAUGGCUACAAACAACUGGGAAGAAAGAGCUGCAAUAUAUGGAAAGUGGCUUAUCCUAGAGAAAACUGGAAGUACUGGUGUCAUUUCAUUGUAGGUUAAUACAUAGAUUUUUUUUUUUCCCAUCAACUCUUGUUGCUGUUAAGAUGAGUUUUAUUUCUUUUAAUUGUUUGGUGGGAUUUGGCUUUGGAGUGUGUGUAUGGGAGGGGGAGGGGGGAGUUAUUUUGAACUGUAGGACUCAGAGUAGAUUGUGUCACAUAAGAAGGAAUAUAUUGUAAUAAAUGCUAUUUAUUUCACUCCAAUCUUCAGGUUUCUGUUAGCUUCAAAUUUCUACCCAGCCAUUGCUUUUCUCUUAAGAGAUUGGGUAGUGUUGCUAAUAAUAGUUAUCUCCCAAGGAAGGCAAGUGAAUUUUAGCGUGAUUACUUCUAGCUCUAAAGCAGGUAAAAAUAGGGCAGAAAUGAGAACAGGAAGUAUCUUGGUUUUGAUUUUUUUUUAAAUCAACAGUUCAUAUACUUGUUUUACUGCUUGUAUUGCUUACAGUGUACCACUUUCUGGGACUGCUCCCUCCAUCUGAUUUUGUCUUUCACUGAUUUCAAUGUGAGCAAAACUGGGCCUUUUAUUCUAAGCUACUGUUCUCCUUUUCAGUGGCACAAACUAGAAUGAAGUGAGAAUGUUAUGGAAUGCUAUAAAUUUCUUUGGUUUUUUUUUAAUGCAGGAUAGCACUGCCAUGUCAUGCCUUUAUGAAAAAAAAAAUGCAGUAGAAUUUAAUGUAAUUUUUCUGUGUGUUUUUCCAUUAUCUCAUCAGAAAUAUUUGUUAGAAAAGUAGUUUCCAUAAAGCUACCUUUGUUCCCCUUUUGUUAAAUUCUGUUGAUGUCUUUUAUAAGGGUACCAAAGAAACAAAUGGAAGACAAACAUGUUUCACCCUUGUGGUGCACAUGGAAUCUGUAUCCUGUUUGCAUUGAGCUACUUUGGAAAUGCAGUAACUUCCUUCCAUACUGCUGGAUUGCUGCACUUCCUCCAGGAGUGGUAUUUGGCAUGCUGAAAACAAUGUAUAAAAACACCUACAUGUUCUGAGCAGUACCAAGUGAUGGUGGCUGACACCUGCUAUGGCAUUUUGUGUUCAUAAGUCAGCAAAGUGAUUUCUACUUGUUUGGAAGUGAAGCUGCAUUAAAUGCAAUUCUUCCACAAACCAUUAUGUACUGUUGCAGAGCAUAAGUGUCUCGUAUUGCUCCCACAGGAAAAAAAGCUUCCACUGUUGUUACUCUUAUCUGUGAGAAAAGGAACUUAAAUACCUAAUUUAAACUGUUUUCUCACUGAUGUAAUUACUUUUUUAUCCUGCAUGCUAUGUCUCCUACAUACUGAUUCUGCCUAAUUUGUUGUUUUAGAAAAGAUGUCAUGGAAAGAAUCCUUGAUUUUAAAGAUGAAUAUUGUCUUUUCUGUUAGCCUUGAGUAAAGCUGCCAGAAUUUCCAAGCAGAGACUUGUGUACAUGCCCUGCAUUGUGAACACCCAGGGCAUUUGUUGCAGUCUGGAAACACUGGACCUACUGCACAGGUGAUCUGCAUAUGCACAACAAAUCAAAAUUCCAUCUGUACAGGUAUAGUAGUAUUCUUGCUGGGGCUGCUCUAUGGCCAUAUGUCCUAGAUUAAUGGCUAAAGUCUGCAAAUUCCAUUAGAAAUUAAAAUCAAUACUGAGAAAGAUAUAUGCUGUCCAGGAAAAACUGGACAAGCAGUAUCCUUAGCCUUCGUUAUGUUGAGAUGGUAAAGUUUCAGUAAUGAUGCUUAAAAUUAAAAAAAAAUCUAGGUUUGCCACACUACCACUGAUUUUUUUCAGUUGCAUAAAUAAGUGCAAGGAUGCAAAUGCAACAUUUAUCACAGGCAUGAAUAAACAGCUGAACAGAUUUAAAAAUACCUUCAGUUUAAUUAUAGAAAUAGCAUUGAUCAGAUACAACACUAAUUGGGGGAAUAUUUUAUUUAAGCUGCUCACAUUUUUCUAGACACCAAACCCAGUUUUAUAACCAGUCUUGCUCAUCUGCUAAAAACAAAAAGCUGAACAAAUCAAAUCAUGAUUCAAACUUGCAUUUCCUGUGUGGUCAGAAGUAUUGAAUAGUCAUUGUGGGGGCAUAGGUAAUGCAUAGGCUGCUUAGACAGUAGUUCAGUAGUUGUCAUAAUGAAAUGAUAAAAUGGUGUGAUAGGCCUUUAUGCUAAGUCUUAAGUGGCAUUUUGGUGUUAGCUGUAAAAGUUCCUCUUGCUUUUGGUGUGUAAUUACUCUAAGUGCUGCUAUCUUCCAUGACGAUGUAGCAAUAAGAGAUGGCAGCUGUCAGACGUGUGGCUCGCCCGUCCUGCAUGACUGCUCACUGACAGAGCACCUCAACCAUGGAUUUAUUAAUACAGAGAUUGUUUUAAUCUAAAAAAAAAACAAGUGGAUUUGGAUGUAGCAGGUCUGUCUUAAUCUGUGCUGUAGAGAAAGAGCUUCCUAGAGUUGAGUUCUGGUUUAGAUGGUCUUUUCACAGAAUCAUAGAAUCCCAGGUUGGAAGAGACCUCAAGGAUCAGCUGGCCCAACUUUUUUUGGCAAAAGCAUGGUCAAGACAAGGUGGUCCAGCAGGCUAUCCAGCUAAAUCUUACAAGUGUCCAAUGUUGGGAAAUCCAACAUUUCCCUGGGAAGAUUACUCCAAUGGCUGAUUGUUCUCAUUGUGAAAAUUUUUCUUUUUAAUGAUUUCUACUUGGUGCUGAAGUUUUACUGGUGUUUAAAUCAGUGACAGGAGUUGUAUUUAAAUGCAAUGUUUAGGAAUGGAGAACAUGUUCACAAACACUUAUUUUAAAAAGAAAGUUAAAAUUAACUAUAGGGUUUUUGUGCAUAAAAACCCCAUGGACCUAUAUGCACUUAGGGUAGUGCUCCCCAUUUCCCCCAAGUCUGACAUCAGAUGAACACAAUCCCUCUCUUCAACCCCUGCUUAAUUCUCAUUUAAUUCUCAACUGAAUCUGUAACAGUGCAGCAUGUAGUUUAGGAGCUGGGGUUCAUUUCCAAAGCCCAGUAAAUCACUGGAAGUCUUAUGGCAAUAGCAAAAUGGUAGUUUGAAGAAAGUCACUCUCUUGAAACACUUUACUAAAUAAAUAUUGUCUGAAAGAAGAAAGAAACUAAUCUGCUUAGGCAGAAUUAAAAUGGUGGAUAACAAAAGCCUGAACUAUUACAUUGACUUACUCAUCCAGGUAUCAUGUGAAGUGCUUACUGAUGUUGGAUUUUCAUAAGGUCUAAAGUAACCCUCACAUAGAAGUGCCUGUAUUCUGUUAUUGCCAUUCUUGAGCUUUUUAAUAGUCAUAGCCAUAUAUUUUAUAAAUAUAAAACAUAUGCAGCUUUUAAUCUUUACAUUCAGUUUGCAGAACAAAGGUUUACAGAGCAGAAGUGUAGCAAAAACAAUGUAAUAGCUUCUAUAAUUCCCUGAUAAGGAACGGGAGAAGUACAAAAAUGAGGAGCAAAAGACUAUCUGUGUAAGAUGUCUUAAUUUGGAACCAUAUACUUGUCCAAUUUAAUUCCAUCAAGCUAUGUGGUUACAAGAGUGCCAGAAAUAUAUCUAUCAAGCCAUUUUAAAUAAAAUGUUUUGUGGACUUGUAUAUUCCAUUUGUUUGUAAAACAUCCUUUUGUGCACUGUAAUGAACUUGAAAUGAAACUUAAGUUAUACUCUCAUAUCACUGGACAGAAUAGUGUUCAGCUACCUCUACAUAAGUUUGAAGUAAUUUGUUUUUUUCCAGAUUUGUUUGCAUUGUCAUAUAAAAUAUAUUUUAAAAAAAAUCAUAGUCCAAAGAACCUGUAUGUUUGUAGAUGUACUUAUAACUAUGUUGUACCAACAAAGUCUGUGUGGAGAGUUGUUUCCUAAUUAAAAUUUUUGUCUUCUUUA